CUGCUACAAAUACCUUCCCCCCACCCUCCACUUCUUCCGUUCUUCAUCCCUCCAACGACCUUCAUCGACAACCAACCUUUUCCAUCAACCACACAUCCACUUUCAUCAUCAAAGAUGGCUCGUACUAAGCAGACUGCCCGUAAGUCCACUGGUGGCAAGGCUCCCCGUAAGCAGCUCGCCUCCAAGGCCGCUCGCAAGGCCGCCCCCUCCACCGGCGGUGUCAAGAAGCCCCACCGUUACAAGCCCGGUACCGUCGCUCUCCGUGAGAUCCGUCGUUACCAGAAGUCCACCGAGCUGCUCAUCCGCAAGCUCCCCUUCCAGCGUCUGGUCCGUGAGAUUGCCCAGGACUUCAAGUCCGAUCUCCGCUUCCAGUCUUCUGCCAUCGGUGCUCUCCAGGAGUCCGUUGAGGCCUACCUCGUCUCCCUGUUCGAGGACACCAACCUGUGCGCCAUCCACGCCAAGCGGGUUACCAUCCAGUCCAAGGACAUCCAGCUGGCCCGCCGCCUCCGUGGCGAGCGCUCUUAGAUGGAACAUUUCUUUAUUCCAUUAAUAGCUGCUUUUCUUGUCGACAAAUCUUCUGGGAAGGCGAUCGGGGUUCUGCUUUUUCUUUCAUGACUACUGGCGAUCAACAUGACGGGUUUUUGCUUUCUUUCCAAUAUCAAAUGGGCUCGGAAUCAAUGGGUUGUUUCUGAAUUUUGCUUUUAUUAUCUCGCGUGAAUCAAUGCUACUGCCAUCCUCCUCAUCCUUGACUGGAUUGGGGACUGGGUGUUUCAGUCAUGAGCAUGUACAUUAAGGAAUUACCUCUUAGAAUGGUGUCUUAGCGCACACCAUCUCAUGACAUAGACGCUGAAAAUGCGAUCUUCUAUGAUUCAACCCACUUCCAAA